AUGCAUCCUUCCACCAUCCUUUUUUCCAUUGCCGCCUUUGCCGUAGGCCACGCUUUUGCAGCCUCAAUCCCCCGUGACGAUAGCGGGUUCGGCGACUUCGCUAGCGGCAGAGGAAGCGCACUAUUCGGCAAUUCAGGAGCGCCAUGCACAGUCGGUAACGACGAGGGCGAAUGCGAUCAAUUUGGGCGAUGUGCGCAAUUCAUCCCGCCUAAUGAGUCGUCAAUUUUGAACCAGGGGAGGACAGUCGCUGAAUGUACAGCGGGUGGGCAGACGGGCACCUUGAAGUUUUGA